UCCCUCCCCUGUCUCUGGCCUGCUGAGCUUUGCUAGUAUAAGUAGUAUAAGCGCCCAGCGCAGGCAAAGCAAGGCCGAGGCGAAGCCAACCACUCGCUCGAGCGUUGGGCGUUGUCGUAGACGGAGCCUGAGCCGGCCGGGAGGGAACAUGGACCACGGAGGCGAAGCGGCGAGGCCGACGACGGCGGGGUCCACGUCCACCACCGAGCUCAGCAUGGCUGGCGCUGUCCAGGGAAGCGAGGCCAACAUCGGCAGCGGCGCCUUCGACGAGGUCCCUGUUGCCGUGCUGUUCCACCUCCACCACGGACCAGGACACGCCGUGGCGUACGCCAACAUCGGCGAGUUAUGGCGGCAGCGAGGCUCCAUCCAUGUGGCGCUUCAGGUUCCGGGCCUGCAUCUCCCCGACGGAGUCGUGCCGGUGCUCCACGACUACGGGUACUCUACACUGCAGCCCAGUCCGCCGGGUGCCGGACAUGACCAGGUGCUUGUCGACCUGCUCCCCAACGGCUACGGCGCCGGACAUGGCGAGGCCUUUGUCGGCCAGCUCCCAGGCGGCGGCGGCGGCGGCGAGGUGCUUAUUGCCCCGCUCCCCGACGGCGUCGGCGUGGUGUUGGACGGCUCAGGCAACUUCGGCCACGGGCAGCAGACACUGCCGGUGCCGGGCACUGGGCGCGCCGGCGGAAUCGCUGGCAUGCUCCGGCUCCGCGACCCCAACCUCGGCGCAGGGUACGACGGUUACGUGGCGCUUGCCGACGACCUCGGCGCAGUACUGUACGACAACCGCGGCAUGGUGGCUCAACACCUGCGUCGUCGUCUCCUUCCGUUGCUCGGAAUCGGCGCCUCCUCCGUGGCUGUCAAUGGGCUCGCCGCCGGCCCGGGCUCGCCGGCGGUUGCCUUUCACCUCUUCGUGCUGCUCUUGGGCGGUGUUCUGGAUCUGGAGUCGCUUGUUCAGUGUCUCGGCGUCAGGUUUGGUCGAAUUUGUCGUGCCAAAAUGUACCAGUCAACGAAGAAUAUACGUCUUUGUAUUAUCAUUCUGCUAUAAAACCUUUGCUGCUUGUUUACUUUUCAA